AUGAGCACCACAAGUCGCAGCGAGAUGCCUCAAAGAGGCAAUCAAUUGAGGAAUGUGAGCGAAGCUUCUGAUAUGAGAUUGUGCGCCAAUGACUUGUUGCGUUUACCAUGGUAUGGCAUUCUCCUUAUUUUCCUCUACCGUCUGCUGCUCUGCCUAAGCACCCAGACUGCAGAGUCGCCAGACGAGUGGUGGCAGAGCACAGAGGUUGCCUACAAUAUUGUAUUUGGCAAGGGACAUCUUCCGUGGGAGUGGCACGUAGGCUUGCGCUCUGUAGUCUUCCCAGGCAUGUUGUCCAUUCCAUUUUUUAUGUUGAAGCUAUUAGGUCUUGACUCAGCGUGGGCAGUGUGGUUUAUUGCACGUCUUAUGCAAUCAUUUGUCAUAACAGCUAUCGACUUUUUUGUCUUUCGUUUGGGAGGAUUGCUGGAUGUGGAAUUGCGACAAGCGACAAAAAAUGCGGUUGGUGCGGGAAAUUCGUCAAAAUCAAUUAUGUUUCUCUCAAAGAAGGUGACUAAGGGGAGAGCGUUGGGUAGGUCUGUCGCUCACUUUGCCCUAUUACUUUCAUUGAGCAACUGGUAUAUGUCUUAUGUUGGAGUUCGUGUUUAUGGUAACGUGAUGGAAGCGUUACUGGUCCUUAUGGCGGUACAACAAACAAAUUACACGGGAUUUCUUUUACUCAGUGGAUUGGCAUGUGUCAUUCGUGUUACCUCUGGCGUCGUUCUUUUUCCACUUUUAUUUUUGCAUGCCUUAUGGGCUGUGCGGGAAGGAGGAGUACGGAAGGGUCUAAUGCAUAUUAUCUUCCGGGGACUUUUGAUAUUCUUGGUUGUGUUUGGUGCUCUCGUGUUGUGUGACAGCUUAUUUUAUAAUAAACUGAUUGUCACGCCCAUUGUGUUUCUACGCUUCAAUGUGCUGCAGAACUCCAGCCGCUUCUUUGGGGAACAUCCAUGGUAUUUUUAUUUGGUUUUAUCUCUCCCCGGCCUUCUGGGACCGCAUUUUAUCUUUACUCUCUUUGCACCGCUUGUGAUGUACCUUGAUAAGACGAGUAAGGUGGUGAAACGGCAUAUGCUCGGUUUGAUUUGCAUUAUAUUAUGGUCUAUAUUUUGUUACUCCUUAAUUUCUCACAAAGAGAAUCGUUUUAUUGUGCCUGUAAUGCCAAUUGCUUUUGUGGUGACAGCCUUUGUUUUGGCACGGUUGUACGAUAAGUCACGCGUUGUGCGUGGCCUUCAUCGUGUUUUUCUCGUGUUUAACCUUAUACUGUUCCUUGUGGGAGCUUAUGUCCACCGCAGAGGUGCGUUGGACGUGAUGUCGGAGUUGAGACAUGGGCCGAAUAUUGACCGUGUCGAUAUCAUUGCACGCUGCUAUAUUACCCCCGGGUACAGUUUUGUGCACGGCAAGGUGAAUCACUUGAGUCUCAUUGACUGCUCUAUGCGUCUCAAUCCCGAUACGGGGCUACCUGAGCUCACGGAAGACAGUAUGUUCCAACGGUACCCAAAAGACUAUGUCUUAUGGAAAUAUGACGGUGUGCACACGUUUAACGUGAGUGAUCCCGAGCAAAGACGCAAUGCUGAUGAAUUGGGGCGAGUAGUUCGACCCAGUUCAGCACCGUAUCCAGACGUUAUCGUGACGUUUCACAGCACUGCCAAAAAAAUACAAGGGCCAUUUCUGGAAAAGCAUGGAUACAAACUUUACAGGUCCUUUAUUCACACACCUUUGUCAUUUGACUCUUUUGAAGACGUGCAUUUAGAAAUGUGGGUUCGAAAAUUAGUCAAGUAUAAUUGA